CAAUGUAAAUAUAUGUAUACUUUUUGGGCAUGCGCAGACGUGUUUUUCAGGGAUGCAAUGACAACUUUAAGUUUUCAAUAAAAAGCUCUUUUAUAUUCAGGACUUUAGGGGGUUGAAAUAAGCUUAAUAUUGAGAAAAAAAGUUUUCGAUACCACCUAAGCCGAUAUAGCUUAUAACAAAAAUAAUAUAACUUAUCCCAAGUGAAGUGAAAUUUCGAGAUAUGAAGAGCGUCUAUGAAUCCCUAUCACAAUGCCAGAUAAGGAGUGUUCAACUAUUUAAUUUAAAAUAAUCAGUCAAGUAAUGAAUAUCCAUUUCGUUAACAACAUUCGUUUUUGUGUUAGCCAAAAUGAAUAUAUAAAUGGACAACUAUUUGGAAUACACCGCUACAUUUUGAAUAAUAAACAAUGAUUGUUGAACUAAAACCAAAAUGACGACCCUUGGCAAAAAUAAUACAUAUUCGACCCAUUAUUCUGUUAGCAAAAUCAAGUCAUUACUUUUUUUUAUAUUAAAUUUCAACAUAUGCCUUCAGCAUAUCAGUGCUUCAACAUAUUUAAACCUGAACGAUUUGGUCAAUUCGGGUCGGCCUUUUUUCGAUGAUAUAAGCCCUAGGAAUGUCUCAGCUGUAGUUGAUGAAAUUGCUAUAUUAAGAUGUCGUGUUAAAAACAAGGGAAACCGCACGGUAUCAUGGAUGCGUAAGCGAGAUCUUCACAUUCUCACAACAAAUAUAUAUACAUAUACCGGCGAUCAACGAUUUUCAGUAAUACAUCCACCAAGCAGUGAAGAUUGGGACUUAAAGAUUGAUUAUGCCCAACUACGCGACAGCGGUGUUUAUGAGUGCCAAGUGAAUACCGAGCCAAAAAUUAAUUUAGCUGUUUUUCUGGAAGUAACAGAUAAUGAAUUUCAAAACCUAAAAACGGAUAGACGGUAUUACGAUUCAAAAGCCGCGCGAGCGAAAAUCCUGGGCUCGACAGAAAUUCACGUAAAGCGUGAUAGCACCAUUGCUUUGGCGUGUUCAGUAAACAUACAUGCAUCUUCAGUGUUAUGGUACCAUGAAUCAUCGAUUGUCGAUUUUGAUUCCCUUCGCGGCGGCAUAAGCUUGGAGACCGAAAAAACAGAUAUUGGAACAACAAGUCGCUUGAUGUUGACGCGAGCUUCCUUAAAGGACUCGGGGAAUUAUACUUGCGUUCCAAAUGGAGCUAUACCAGCUUCAGUUAGGGUUCAUGUAUUGACAGGUGAACAGCCAGCGGCAAUGCAAACUAGUGCUGCCAAUGGCAAAAAGGCUAACACUACUGCAAUGAUUAUUAAAUUCAUAUCAGUCAAAAUAUUGUUAUAUAUUUCAAGUUUUAAGGAGAGAUGACUAUGCUAAAAAAAAUUUUAAAUAAUCUAAAUAAAAUAUUUUUAAGGAGAACAACAUAUUCCAGUGGAACGAACGCGUUUGUAAGAAUAUUCAAUACAAAUACAAACAAUUAAUUAUAAUUCCUAUAGUAAUACAUACGAAAUAAAUAUAUAUA